AUGGAUGGCUGGAGAACGCGUUCGUCAUGGGCACAGGCUAUCAAAGACGCUCUUCUUAAAGAGGAGGACUGUAACGUCAUCGUCGUUGACUGGAGCGGGGGCUCGACACAGCUCUACAAUCGCGGUGCAGCUAACACAGCCCUGGUGGGAAGAGAAAUUGCGCUACUGACGAUGCACCUGAUGAAUCGCUACCGCUUUACGCUACAUCCUGCCGACGUCCACAUUAUCGGAUUCAGCUUCGGCGCCCAAAUUGCAGGCUUCUUUGGAAGGAACUUUAGGAAGAGAACCGGAACGACGAUCUGGCGGAUUACUGCACUGGACCCUGCUGGUCCACUCUUCAACGACACCGAUGUUUACGUUUGCAAGGAUGAUGCCGCAUUUGUUGACGUUAUUCAUACAAGUGGUGGAUACAGAAUUGGUUAUCCGGAACUGGGCUUGCUGAGGCCUGUGGGGCAUGUUGAUUUCUACCCAAAUGGCGCCAAAGCUCAGCCAGGAUGCUCCAUUAAUGUUUUUUGCGACCACGCGCGGGCACCUUUAUUGUUCCUCCAGUCUAUGAUAAACAAGCGGUGCGUCUUUAAGUCAAAUUCAUGCAGCAAAAUUUUGACCGUCUAUAAUAAAGCAAAGUGCGGCCUACAAGCACAACAAGGUGAAAUGGGAUACUACAGCUUUAGAGCUCCAGGAAGAAAUAUCCAAUUGCUCAAAACAAACGGAAUGCCGGAGUUGUGCACACAGAACCAAUGA